CUUUCCCUCAUAUACUGCGUCGAUCUCCCUAGAAGAUGUUCUUCUGAAAACCCCGUCUGCCGACCGGUAUACUUGCGUUUAACAGAAAAUCCUAGCAAUCAACAUGCCAUCAGCAUCCACUUACUCGGUCCCCAAGGAAUCGAACCAGGUCUUCGAGACUGGCAUCCUGAACAACCCGCUUUUCAGCCAUCUUCCCCCGGAGUUGCGCAAGCUAGCUCAAUAUGUGCAGUUCGUGGGCUCCGGACAGCCCAGCAUCCCCAUCAACUGGAGGUUUGCAGAGAGCAUCUCCGCGCUGAAGGCAUUCGAAGCGACCAUGGUCAAUCACUUGAUCACACGAAAGUAUCAGGUUGACCCGGUCGGAGUCACUAUCAACACAGACCAUGCGUCGCUGUAUUAUAUGAGUCCAUUACUUGCACAGAUAGUUGACUCCGAUGGCAAGCCCAAGCCGAUCAGCCUUCUCGACCCCAGCAUGGCCCAGCUGUUUCCCGAGCAGGACAAACAUCGGGCGACCGAUGGCGACCAUCGCCGUCUCGCGACCAAUAUCUACAAGACCAAGGAUGGUCGGUUCUACCAUAUACAUGGCAGCAUGAACCCUGACUCAACCCUGACAGCGCUGGGUCUCCCUCUCGACGGACCCGCAGAAGAUACAUACCAGUCAGCGGUCGAGCGCCUUCAGAGCGCAGUAUCCCAGCACGACUCCGCCAUGCUGGACCACCUGAUGAACGAACAGUCGCGCCAGGCCGGCACGGUCGCAUGGACCUCGGACGAGUAUUUCGCCUCGGAGCACGGUCGCCAAAACAGCCACGUGGGAUUAUAUGAGAUCGAGAAGGAUGCGCACGCCGCCCAGCCCCCGUCCUGGUGGCCCGAACAGCCCAGCCUGCCGUCAUCACCCAAGCGACCGCUCGCCGGCCUCAAGGUCGUGGAUCUGACUCGGGUGAUUGCCGCGCCCUCCAUCACCCGGGGGUUGGCCGAACUGGGCGCCAGCGUCAUGCGGGUCACCUCGCCUCAUCUCACGGAUAUGUCGGUGCUGCAUCCCGAUCUCAACUGGGGGAAAUGGAAUUGUUCGCUGCACCUAAAGGAGGAGGUCGACCGGGAGCGAUUGCGGCAGUUGAUCCGCGAGGCGGACGUGGUCGUGGACGGAUAUCGGCCUGGCGUGAUGGAUCGGCUGGGGUUCAGUCGGCGGGAUGUUUUCGACCUGGUGAAAGAUCGAUCGUACGGGAUCCUGCAUGUCCGCGAGAACUGUUAUGGGUGGCAUGGGCCUUGGAGCCAUCGGAGUGGGUGGCAGCAGAUUAGUGAUGCGUGUUGUGGUGUAUCGAUGAGUUAUGGGCAGGCGAUGGGCUUGAAUGAACCUGUAACACCUGUAUUCCCUAACUCGGAUUAUUGCACUGGCGUUGCGGGAGUCGCCGCCAUCCUCGAAGCACUGGUACGAAGAGCAGACCACGGUGGCAGCUAUGGCAUUGAUGUCUCUCUCAACUAUUAUUCGCAAUGGCUGGUCCGCUCGUGCGGCACCUACGACCAGGAGGUCUGGUCCGAGCUGUGGACGCGCCACGGCUCGCCCGUCUUCCGCCACUACCACGCCAUGCCACACCUUCUGCCGGAGAUGAUGAAACUGUUGCACCAGCACGACGCGCAGACACUUUUCCAUCCACAAUUUUUCGAGACUCGUCACUCAGCUGCGAUUGGCGCGAGUUUCAGGGUAGUAAAGCCUGUUGCGCAGUUCGGGCGGGCGGCCGUGGAGCUUGGGUAUAACGUGGGGACGCGGGGUAAUGGAGUGGACUUGCCGGUUUGGCCGGCCGAUUUGAGGACGGAAGUUGUGCGGUGAGGGGUACAGUACCGAGUAGCCAUGACUGCGGUUGCAUACAUCGGUGAUCAGAACACGAGCCAGGAAGCAUGGUUGGAGGAUAUCCGGAAAGCUCUUUAUUCCAGGUAAAGUGGGGGGUUGUCUUGUGACGCCUGUUGACAGGGGUCGGGGCUUGGUGAAAGCAGGGAUGUCCAAGGCUGCCCGCUGAGUCAACGCCACAUGCCUCAACACAAGCAGGUGGUUGUAAAAACACGAGUCAGUGCUAAAGGCUUCACGCGAAGAAAUGUUCUUGAACCAUGGCGCAAUCAUCGAAAGAUUCUCAUCUUAGGAACCAUGUAGCACAUGUACAGUAUAUGUUCGAAGCAAGGGCUGGU